AUGACAUUCUUGUGCUCAAGAUCAUCGUGGAGAAGAGAUUACCUAGAUCACAUCAAAAUCAUCACGGAUCAAGAAUCACUUGGCCUAGGACUAAUGCACAAUAAGGUUUGUGUAAGAUCUAGAUUUGGGACAUCUUUAUAAUCCUAGCCAUAGAUAGAUUAACUUUUCAUUCAAACUAAUUUUAUCAUUUAUUCUAUCAUUUGAUUACGUUAGAUUCAUUCUCUUCCCUUUGUCACGUUUGAGGGGUCAUUGAAGCUGGGUCAAAUUUCAAGUAAACAAUGAGUUGAUGAGAUUACAUUGAUCAAUGAACAAUUAUUCAUGACCUGAUAAAACCACCAAUAUUUUUUACAUUCAGCCAACUUUUCCAUAUUAAGAGGAGGAAAUAAAUCGAGUGCAAUUCAAGUGAACACCAAGGACUAGAAAUAUCUCAUGUGAAAUUCUUCCUUGUGUCAAAAAAAAUAUGAUUAAAUAUUUAAUUAUAAUUCAGGAGAAAUGAUCCUUGUAGUCAGCACUAGGCGUUCUAUGGUUGUGAAUCUAAAAGAGAAGUUAGGGUGAAAUUAUGUGAUAGUUGAACCUUGUAUUUGAUGCACACUAAUCAUUGUAGAUUAAGCAAUGCAUGUAAUUUUAAAUUUAUGAUUGAACUCUUAAAAUAAAAUUAUGAAAUGUUAGUGAGUCCAAGUUGAAUCAACAUGGAUGAUUUUAUUUAUUUUCAAAGUAAAUAUUGGGUUAUACAAUGGUAUUUUAAACAAAUUAUUUAAUUUUCUAAAGAAAUAUAAUGUUAAAAUGAAAGUUAAAUAAAAAUAAAAACAAAAUUUUAAGAGAAUGAAUGUCCAAUAUCUCCUGCAAAUCAAUUUGAAUGUCCAAUAUCUUUUGUGCUAGAGAAAGAGAGUGAUUCUAAUGCAUAGCUUGUUUAAGAUCAUUCGAGGAAAUUUAAUUUCAUAAAUGAGUCAAGUUUAUAUAGAUUUAAGUUGUGAAAUAUUUUCUUAUUUCUCUACUAGCAAAGUCACUCUAUCGGCAUUUUCUGGUUUUUCUACUAGUAUUUUCAUGAUUUUCUGAUGAAAUUUUAAUUAAUCAAGGUCAAAGUGAUUUAUUUGGAACUAUUACUCAGUUUCCAUUUCACUACUUGUGUAGACACCUUGCAUGCAAUCAUAUUUUCUCUCUCCUCCCUUGUUUUUUCAAUUUUAUGUCGAUUUUUUGUCAUUUGGGUUUCUUUUUUUUCCAUUUUUCUCUGAAAUUUUCUUUGGAAUGUUUUACUAGGCUUGAGUUACUUAUGAAUGUUGAAUGUGGUAACACAUCAAAAUUCAAAGAGUUAGAGCUCAAGUAACUUGGAAGACUUAAAGCGUGGAUAAGAUUUUUUUUUUAAUCUUCCUUAUUUAUUUUUAUUUAAAAAAUUAUUUUAAAUGAAAAAAAUCAUAUCAAGACUGACCAGCAUUCUUGUGGAUGACCUGAAUUCACAAAAGUUUAAAUUCUUGUUUUAAAUUUGUUUAUAAAUAUUCAAAAUUUGACUAAUUUGUCUACAACAAUUGAAGAGAUAUCAAUAGAUCAUAAUUGUUUUUUCAAUAAAUGGUUAUAUUAUCUGACUCAUCACUCUCAUAAAUGUGCUUUUUCACUUGAUAUGGGAAAUAAAAUUAGCAGUCAUUCAUAAAUUCUAAUUUUAGUCUUAAAAAUAAAUAACCAUAUUUAAGAUCUACUUUCUUAAAAAUUACUGAGGUACACAAGAUAACAAACUAUCAUCUAAUCUUAGAGUAGUAAAUAUAUAUUUGAUAGUCAUCUUGUUAAUUUCCCUACAAACUAUACAUAUCCUAGUUUCUAUUUUUUUUUGAACUAACUACAUAAGGACAUAGCAUGGGCUCAUACCUUCACAAAUAAAAUUCCUUUCUAACAAUUCUUCUAUAUAUUUCAUGUAAUUUUGAUGUCUAUGGAACUCAUUCUAUAAUGAGACAAAUUUGGUAAACUCGACUUCAGAAUUAGGUUAAUGUGAUACUCUAUAUCUCUCAUUGGAGGAAGAUGACUGGGUAAAUUUUGCAUUAAAAUUCAUUCAACACUUUUUGUAAAGCCUCAAGUAUAGAAUUUGAAGAUUUUGAUAUAUUUCCAUCUUUCUGAAAGGUUCAAAUAAUUUAGAUAUUUCAGUCAAAUUUGUAAAAAGUCUGCCCUAUCAAUCAUCAUCACUUGUUUUUUCACUUUCAUAGUAUUAAGGAAAUUAAUUUCUUGUAUUGGACAUCAAAAUUUCAGAAUAUUGUUAUUAAAGACAGUAAUUUUCUGUACCUUGAUGAGUUACAUCCAAACAAGAUUGUUAUGACCUUUGUAAAAUAAGGUGACAUAUUUUAUCAAUUAAAAUUUGAUCAAAAUAAACUUUACUAGUUAAAAUUUUACCAAAUUUAUCUUUGUAACUUUUGUCUAAGAAUAUUUUUUAUUGCGUCGAAUUUUAUGUGGAUGAUGAUGUUUUUAUGUCAUCAAUCCUAAUUUUUGCACCAUAUUAGAGGAAAAAAUAUUUUCCCUUAUUACAACAAUCAUUGAAUUUUCAUUCAUAGUACAUCUUGAUCAAAAUAUAUAAUGUUUUUAUGGAUCAUCAUCCUUCUUUGGUGUGUACAUCAACCUUCUGAUCAAUAGAAAAUAAGAAUAGUCCUCUUCAUCACUCUUAAUAAUUUUUUCAUGAACUUCAUCUUGACUUUCUAUUCUAUUAUCAUCUUCUUCUUCAAUAGCCUAUACGAAAUUCACCAACCAAGUUUGGGAUAGAUAUUUGACUUAGCAGCGUUUUACACAUUAAGAUUUUUUUGUGUAGAACUCACUUGGAUGGAAUCGAUCCUUUCGAUUUUGGUGUAGCAAUGGUCAUUCCUAUUUAAGUAGUUGAAACAAAUGACAUGGAUGCUCAUCUUGACUUGUUAGCAUAAAAUUUUGGCAUAAUGUUAGAAUUUUGAGAUCUAACUUUCCUUUUCCAAUAAAUGUUAAACACAUUCAGAUGGUAGAACAAUGUCAUUUAACUUACAAAUUGAUUGUAAGACAAUCGUUUACUCAAGAUCUCAUCUAAGAUCAUAAUUAAAUUUAGAUCAUAUAGGAUUCAGAUUCAAUCAACUCAACCUUAGAAGAGAGUCUAUAAACUUCUUCAUCAUAUUCUGUCAUAGAGUUUUUUUUCAAUAUACAAUUUUAGUACUAUUGAUAUAAAAUAUGUUCUUAACCUUGGAGAAGAAAGCUAGACUUCAAUAAUUCCUUCACCUUUUUUGAAUGUUGUAUUAGAUCUUUGUUUACUCUCACACAUGAUUUGAAGUUGAUUUCACCAUAAAAGAUGUUCCUCCUCUUAGUUUAUGUGUAACUAGGUUAACUUGUUGAUCAUCAGAAAUUUUCAUAUAUUUAAAAAAUAUUUCAACUUCUACAACUUAAUCUAGGAUAAUUUUUAAUUAUAGGAUGAUGAAUAAAAUAUUUACGAUCAUCAUUAUUGGAUUUAAUUUUUGAAUUUUCUGUGUCAUUUGAUUUUUUUUGGUGAGAAUGACAAAUCAUUUUCCUUUUAAGUAGUUUGGGCUUAAGAAUGAAAUUUUAGUGCAUACGUUCAUAAUGAACUUUAUUUUAAUAUAACAUUUAUAAGUUCAACAUUUCAUUCAAUACAUUGUUGAAAAUAAACAAAUGCUGUCCUUGAAAUAAAUCAUACAUUAAAAAGCUUCAUUUUGUUGAUCAAUAAUACUUUACCUUCUAACAUCUUCAUAUAUUGAAUCUAUAACAUUGACCUUACUAUGAUACAAUUUGAUGUAGCUAUACUUUGACAUAGUUGACGUAGUAGAUUUUUGAGAUCUGAAUCCACAAUGACUUUAUUACUAUUAAGUUCUUCACCCUAAGUUUAUAAAAUGAGGAAACUUUGACCCUUGAGUACACAAGGAUUUGAUCCUAAGUCCAAAUGAUCAAGAAAACAUUCUUUGA